GCGCCAGCUGAGCGUCCCUGGCCCGCCAUGACCGCGCUUCCCGGCCCGCUCUGGCUCCUGGGCCUGGCGUUGUGCGCGCUGGGCGGGGGCGGCCCCGGCCUGCGACCCCAGCCCGGCUGUUCCCAGCGACGUCUGGGCGCGCGCGAGCGCCGGGACGUGCAGCGCGAGAUCCUGGCGGUGCUCGGGCUACCCGGGCGGCCCCGGCUCCGCGCGCCACCCGCCGCCUCCCGGCUGCCCGCGUCCGCGCCGCUCUUCAUGCUGGACCUGUACCACGCCAUGGCCGGCGACGACGACAAGGACGGCGCGCCCGCGGAGCGGCGCCUGGGCCGCGCCGACCUGAUCAUGAGCUUCGUCAACAUGGUGGAGCGAGAUCAUGCCCUGGGCCACCAGGAGCCCCACUGGAAGGAGUUCCGCUUUGACCUGACCCAGAUCCCGGAUGGGGAGGCGGUCACAGCUGCGGAGUUCCGGAUUUACAAGGUGCCCAGCAUCCACCUGCUCAACAGGACCCUCCACGUCAGCAUGUUCCAGGUGGUCCAGGAGCAGUCCAACAGGGAGUCUGACUUGUUCUUUUUGGAUCUUCAGACGCUCCGAGCUGGGGACGAGGGCUGGCUGGUGCUGGACGUCACAGCAGCCAGUGACCGCUGGUUGCUGAAGCGUCACAAGGACCUGGGACUCCGCCUCUAUGUGGAGACUGAGGACGGGCAUAGCGUGGAUCCUGGCCUGGCCGGCCUGCUGGGUCAACGGGCCCCGCGCUCCCGACAGCCUUUCGUGGUUACUUUCUUCAGGGCCAGUCCGAGUCCCAUCCGCACCCCUCGGGCAGUGAGGCCACUGAGAAGGAGGCAGCCGAAGAAAACCAACGAGCUGCCGCAGGCCAGCCGACUCCCAGGGAUCUUUGAUGACGUCCAUGGCUCCCACGGGCAGCAGGUCUGCCGUCGGCACGAGCUCUACGUCAGCUUCCAGGACCUUGGCUGGCUGGACUGGGUCAUCGCCCCCCAAGGCUACUCGGCCUAUUACUGUGAGGGGGAGUGCUCCUUCCCGCUGGGCUCCUGCAUGAACGCCACCAACCACGCCAUCCUGCAGUCCCUGGUGCACCUGAUGAAGCCAGACGCAGUCCCCAAGGCAUGCUGCGCGCCCACCAAGCUAAGCGCCACCUCUGUGCUCUACUAUGACAGCAGCAACAACGUCAUCCUGCGCAAGCACCGCAACAUGGUGGUCAAGGCCUGCGGCUGCCACUGAGCCCACCCGCCCGCCCGGCCCUGCUGCAGCCGCCCUUCUCAUCCUGAUCGGGCCCCGCAGAGGCAGAAAACCCUUAAAUGCUGUCACAGCUCAAGCAGGAGUGUCAGGGGCCCUCACUCUCUGUGCCUACUUCCUGUCAGGCUUCUUCUGGUCCUUUCUAUGUCCCUCUGUGCCCCUCCCCUGGGGUUUGUGGCUGUCACCCUGUCCAACACUUUGGUGGCCUAAGGCACACAGCAGCCUCAGAGCCUGUGCUGACUGCACUGUUUGGAGUCAGCACAGAAGUCCUAUCUUAGGACCUGUCAGACUGUGGCUGGCCCUGGAUGGUCUGAGGUUGGCUGACCUGAGCUUUUCUCCAUUCACCAGAGGGUUUAGGUGUGGGGAGAAGGGCUCUGCCCCUUCCCAGGUACAAUACUGGCCAUUUCUGGGCAUAAUUGGACACGCUCAUGUUCUCAGCAGUGUGUUCUGGAAUUCUUCUCAUUUGGUCCAGGGUGCAGUUAGCAUAUUAGAAAAAGAAUAAGCUGGACAUCUCCACAAAGCCACUGAGGAUUUUUUUUUUUUUUUUUUUUUGGAGACGGAGUCUCACUCUGUUGCCCAGGCUGGGUUACACUGGUGCAAUCCCGGCUCACUGCAACCUCUGCCUCCCAGGUUCAAGCAAUUCUCGUGCCUCAGCCUCCUGAGUAGCUGGGAUUACAGGAGCCCACCACCAUGCCCGGUUCAUUUUUGUAUUUUUAAUAGAGAUGGGGUUUCACCAUAUUGGCCACGCUGGUCUUGAACUCCUGACCUCAAGUGAUCCGUCCGCCUGGCCUCCCAAAGUACUGGGAUUACAGGUGUGAGCCACCGUGCCUGGCCACUGGGGAUAUUUUAUGUCAUGUAUGUUCCCUUGCCCUGGGCCUGCCCCGUUUCCUGCCUAGGAAAGAGGUAUGACUCCCAGAGGAGCAAAGAAUCCUGUGGGCUUCCAGUUCCCUCCACCAUCUCUACCACGCUGACCUAUUUGGGGCUCAGCACUGAGAUAGAGACAAGACCAGCAGCUCCAAUGUGUGGUCUAGGCUGGCAGAGAGCAGAUGCCCCUGCAGCCUACUCCCCUUGCCCAUGGCUCACAUCAGUAAUCAACCUAUGUACCUUUUCCACUGAACCUGGACAGGGCCUCGGGCCUCAACACAGAACUGCAGACAGCCACCACCAGGCAUUGUCAACGAGCCCUCAGUUCCCGCUCCUGCCCCACUGCAGAGCAAUCCAUUCCAUCCAGAGCAGGGUGACUGGCGGUCUCUGGCCAGGCAUGGGGCAAGGGUGGGGACUGCCAGUGUUUGCUUGUGUCUACGAGUUACGAACAAGCUGGCCACCAAAAUUGGCGUCACCUUGGGUGCCCACCAGCACUGUCCUGUCUUGGGCCUGUGAGUCAAAGAAAAGGUCCCUGUCCCAGGGAGUGACAGGCAGUAAUUAGGCUGAGUUGGGUGGGGAGGUUUGUCUCAGCCUCUGUUGUUCCCGGAAACCGCUGUUCUCCUUGGAGGAACCACUGGGAGUUGGAGUGUUUAUUUGAUUUCUGACUUGCUAAGCCUGUAAUUUACCUGCUGGAAUAGACAGAGUCCAGCUGCCCAAACCGUGUCAUUAAAAGCAGAUCCUGGGUCCGCCCCAUCCACAGGCACAGCCCAGCAGGGUGGCUCCACCUCCCCAUGUGCCCAAGGAUGCGCCUCUCUGGAGUUCACAUGCUGCACCCCUAGGGAGGGGCCUGGGGAGAGCUGGUCUGGCAGCAGGGGUGGAGCCUGGGGCCAUGCUGUGGGAGAGCAGCCCCUCCAUCUGGACCAGGGAGGGCCUCCGCGUGCAAGUGCAGAGGAAGAGACCUUUCCAUGUACAUAAAGGGUGGGCCCAGGCUGUCUGGAAGAUGGUGAGUUCCCCAUUAGUCUAGGACUUCAAGCUCAGCUAGCAGGGAUUGGAAGAGGCAAUGGCCUGAGUGUCAGGAGACAGGUAUUCUAGUUCCAACUCAGGCACUGAUU